GCGACAUGGCCAAGCGCACCAAGAAGGUCAGCAUUGUCGGUAAGUACAGGACCCGCUAUGGGGCCUGCCUCUGGAAAAUGGUGAAGAAAAUUGAAAUCAGCCAGCACGCCAAGUACACUUGCUCCUUCUGUGGCAAAACCAAGAUGAAACGACGGGCUGUAGGCAUCUGGCAUUGCGGUUCCUGCAUGAAAACGGUGGCUGGCGGGGCCUGGACCUACAACACGACUUCUGCUGUCACAGUCAAGUCUGCCAUCAGAAGGCUGAAGGAACUGAAGGACCAGUAGAAGCCCUAUCAUUUGAGACAUCCCUGGCCUGCAAUAAAUGGGUUAAUUUAUGUAACAAA